UUGAUUACAAGCGAUUAGCGUCUGAGUAUUUUAAUAAUUUUAAAUAAUUAUUUUCGUAUAAAGUACUACAGCGAUGCACAGAAACUUGCCACAAAAUAAAGAGGCUUUAUUGAAGUCAUACACAACACGAUUAAAAGAAGAUGUAAAGAGUAUGUUGGAGAAUUUUGAAGAAAUUAUCAAGCUUGCCAAAGGCGAGAAUGAAUCUCAGCUCAACAGAAUGACACAGAUAGAACAAGACACAUUUGAAAUGCAAGUCAGAGCUGCUAAUAUUGUGCGAGCUGGAGAAUCUCUAAUGAAGCUAGUAUCAGAUAUCAAACAGUAUUUGAUUCUGAAUGACUUCCCGUCAGUCAAUGAAGCCAUUACACAAAAUUCCAAACUAUUCAGAACCAAACAACAGGAAUGUGACCAGAAACUUAUGUCGUUACGAGAUGAUAUUGCAGCAGAUUUGUAUGAUUUAGAAGAUGAAUACUUUACUAGUAUUUAUAAGUGAAUAUAGAGUUAUUGAUUUUAUAUUUAAGAUGUAUAUAACUAUACCUUUCAAACAUCGGAAAUGAAUCUUCACACAUUUCAACAAAUCGGAAAUAAAUCUACACACAUAUAGGCAGUUCAUUAAAUAUAGUGGCCUGUUAGAAAUAUUAAUGAAGAUAAAAGAAAAAUAUUAAACCUGAACAUAAUUAAAAUAUUUUGAUUUUUUAUUUUUUUCAAUUGCCUAAGGUGUAUAAAAAAUCCUUUAUAACAUUUCAAGACAGCAAACCUCAUUGUAUUGUGCUUUUCUAGAGUUUAUC